CUUAUUUUCAGAAUUUCAUGAAGCAUGUUCCACACGUACUUAUUUAUGAAUUCACUCCAAAAAUCUUUUUACAGUUAGAUCACAAAAAAUAUACGCCCAUACAAAGUUUGCUGUGCGCGAUUGCUAUAAAAAAUGCCUGUCAAGCAUUCUCAAGUGUCAAAUGACUGUUUGGGCUCUGAACGCUGUGAUAUUGUCCCUGGAGUAUGAGUGCAUUUUCAUUCAAU